GCUAAUAUGCGAAGGAUGCAUCGGAGAAAGCAGGCGACUUAUCAGUGCAAGGCUGCAGCAGCCGCCGCGCCUUUCAAUAUAUCGUUCAUCUUGAUCUAAUCAUAUUCAACAGUCUCGAAACCGCGGUAAUCAGCCGUUUCGUAAGAGCACAGGGAUGGCGGGACCAGAGUUCCAGGGAGACCUCUUCAUCCUCCCUCACAUGGAAGCUUGCAUCCUCCCGACAAUUGCAUCAAACGGACCUCCUAGCCCAUUCAAUAUUGACCUCUUCACUGACGCCUCGUUUUCCAUUGCCAAGGGCUGUCAGGGCCCGUCGAAGCCAUCACAACCUGCGGGCGCCGCCGUCUUCUGGAAGCCGUGGCCAGGCCUGUUGGUACGGGACCCAUGGCACUCGCGAGCCUUCCAGGUUCUGGCGUGUCGCGGCAGCAGGGAAGCGGAGCUCUUUGCCGUCGUCACGGGGCUCGAGACGGCUGCGCUGCUGGCGCAUCUCAUGCCGGAGUUGAGACGGGUGACGGUCUUCACGGACUGCCAGGACAGCAUUCACACACUGAUGGCGGCUGCUGCGAAAGCCUCUGACCCACUCGUCAAGCGCGCCGUUGCUGCAUCCGUCGAACUCGUUGCUAGAGGCGUCAGGGUUCUCGUUCGUUGGUGUCCUGGCCACGUCGGCAUUGAGGGGAACGAGAAGGCCAACGACCUGGCAAAGGAGGUCCGCUCUUAUAACUUCAGGCACUUGGUGCCCAAAGAGCAGCCGGACUUGCUGGCUGGGUAUGAGAUUCCAGAGGAGUAUUUGGAAAGGGCACGCCGCGGAGACUGGUGGAAGGAUGAUACCUUGAGACAACAAGCAACCGGCCCUCUUAUCGACAGGUAGACGAUACACUCGGCUAACAUUACACAUGGUUCACCCCCAAACAAUAUCAGUAGUUAAAGCCGAGACUCAAGAAAAGGGGGCGGGUCGAAGCAUCCACGAACCCAUAAUUAGCAGCUCAAGU